ACUUCAGUUGAUUUGUAUACAAAAAUGCCAAAGUGACAUUAAAUGUCUGAGUGAAUAUUUUUUUUAAAAAGUAACAAUUAUUAUUGUAUAAAGUGUCUUAAUAAAAAGAUCCAACAUGGAUAACGAUAAAAAUACUAUGCUGGCUAUGCUACAGCUUCUUAGAAAGUAUAAUUUCAAAAAUACUGAAGAUUUGUUUAGAAAAGAGGCGAAUUUAAGUGAUGUUCAUGUCGAAGAAAACCAACAGACUGAUUCGGAAGUAAGCAAUGUUUUAUCUGCUUAUAAAAGUGAAGGUGAUCCUGCACUUUAUGAAAAAUCUUACAGUGAAUUAAAACUAUUCGUCGAGGGUUCUUUGGAUAUCUAUAAGCACGAAUUAGGCACAAUUUUAUAUCCAGUUUUGGUUCACAUGUAUUUGGAAUUGGUGUACAAUAAUCAUUCUGAGCAAGCUAAGGAGAUAUUGGAGAAAUAUAGUGAGAAUUUGGAGGAUUAUUAUCAGGCCGAUUUGAAGCGAUUGUCGAAUGUGACAAAACGAGAACAAAUGGAUGGAAAUGAACUGAUUGAUACAUUCAAAUCAAAUCAAUUUAUAAUAAGAAUGUCAAGGGAUACGCUAUCAAUGCUAAAACGUCACUUACAAGAAAAAAAGUGUAAUAGCUUGUUAAAUAUCAUUAAUGAGCGACUUUAUUUCGAUAUGUACGAAGGCGUUGCUAGAAAUAAGCAACAAAUCGAAGCCACGUCGGGUGCAACUUUAGGAGAAGCGACAAGACAAGACAAUAAGGCAAAAGUUUAUUACGGACUUCUAAAGGAGCCCGAGAUCCAGUGUGUGAAUCCUCCUGAGGAAGAGGAAGAAGACACGGGAGGUGGUGAAGGUGACAAACCGAAGAAGAAAAAACCGAAGAAAGAUCCUCUUUUCUCGAAGAAAACAAAAUCCGAUCCAAACGCACCGCCUGUUGGGAGAAUGCCUUUGCCAAAUUUAAAAGACGCGGAUAAAAUGGAGAAAAUUAAAGCUCUCAGAGAAGCAACGAAACGUGUUCAACUUGGUCCUGAAAGUUUACCUUCGAUUUGCUUCUACACACUCUUAAAUGUAGUUCACAGUGUUACGGCCGUAGAGAUUUCAGAAGAUUCCACUUUAUUGGGAGUUGGUUUUAGCGAUUCGGUUAUAAAAGUUUGGAGUCUCCUUCCUCAAAAAUUGAAAGGAAUGAAAAAUACUGAACAGCUCGCUGAAAUUGUGACAGAAGCUGAUGAUGUUUUGGUAAGAAUGAUGGAUGAGAGAACAUCAGAAUCGGUGAAGCUUCUACAUGGACACAGUGGACCAGUUAAUUGUUUAUCAUUUAGUCCUGACAAAAAUCUCUUAUUAUCCUGUUCUGAAGAUACAACAGUGAGAUUGUGGUCUCUUCAUACAUGGACGUGUGUUGUCUGCUACAAGGGUCAUUUAUUUCCAGUUUGGUAUGUGAAAUUUUCUCCCCACGGUCAUUAUUUUGCGACAGCGAGUCACGACAAAACGGCGAGACUUUGGUCAUCCGAUAGUCCUCAACCUCUUCGAAUAUUUGCCGGCCACUAUUCGGAUGUUGAUGUUGUUCAAUUUCAUCCGAAUUCAAAUUACGUGGCCACGGGUUCAAGUGAUAUGACUGUUCGUUUAUGGGACUGCGUUUCAGGCAGUCAAGUGAGAUUAAUGACCGGUCAUAAGGCUCCAAUUUACGUUUUUGCAUUUUCUAUGGAGGGACGAUUUUUGGCGUCUGCAGGUGCAGAUCAUCGUGUGCUGGUUUGGGAUCUUGCACAUGGACAUUUAGUAGCUGCAUUAUCGGGACACUCUAGCAUUAUUCAAUGCCUUUCAUUUAGUAGAGACGGAACUCUUCUUGUCUCAGGUGGUUUGGAUUGUACCAUAAAAUUAUGGGACUUUACGAAAUUGGCAGAGGAAAUGAGUUUGGAAGAUGUGAACGUAUCUCAUAAUCCUGAUGUGAGGACAAACGCCGAAUCCUAUCUUUUGAGAACAUUCUCAACAAAAAAUUCAUCAAUUCUAGCUCUUCAUUUUACAAGAAGAAAUCUUCUUUAUGGCGUCGGUAUGUUCGAGUCCUCCUAACAAUAGCGAAAUUUAUUUAAAGAAAAUAAAAUUAAUAUCAUUCGUAUGAACUUGUACAAACUCAUAUUUUGUAUUUGUAUCAUAAAAGUUGUUCAUAAUAAAAAUUUUAAUAUUAGUAA